UAUUCAUAGAUGGAGUAUUUAAUGCCAUUAAAUACUUGAUCCGUUUACGUACUAUUUGUGUGACCCUACGGGUUCAGUCAAGAGUAAGCUGUGGAUUAAUAUCAUUAAUUCCACUUGAACUGAAGCGGCCUCUAGCUAGGCAUUCAGCUCACUUGAUCUCACUGAAUUAUUAACUUGUUAAUUAAUACUGAACCGCAUUUAUUAGACUUAACAUAGAAUGCAUACUUGGACCAAGGGCAUUAUUUCCUUCAUUUAAGGCCGUCCCCGCAGAGUAUGUUGCUUCUCUUCCUGGCCGCAAGACUGACGCCCAGUUUGGUGCGAUCCAGGCCACUCUUCUCGACUUGUUCUGCCGCAUGGAAUUCUGCAAGAGUUGGAAGACCCGCACUGCUGAGGAGCUCAAAGCUCAGGUGGCUGAGUCCACCCACCAUGGCGACUAUGCGUUCAAGUCUAUUGAAGAGGUCCGCCUGCAGAUGCAGACGACCAUAGACCUUCAAGCGAAGGAGGUGGCUGCGUUGAGAUCUGACAAGGCCGAGCUGCUUAAGAAGAUCUUGGCGCAGGACAAGGACAUGGUGGCAAUGGUCGAGGAGGCCAAGACAGCGGCGGCGGAAAUACGGGCGCUUCAGGACCAGUUGCGGGAGUACCCUCAGGUCAAAGAGGCGGCUGAGGAAGCCGAGCAUCUUCGUGGGGAGCUGGAGACGGCCAGAUCGCAAGUUCGCACCUUGCGUGAGCGUCUUCUGGAAUCCUAUGAUCAGGGGGAACAAGCGAUCAAGGACGCUGUUAAGCACGCCUGGGAGAGCCACAUGUCAGAGUAUGAUCUUGGGUGGUUCCAGCGGCGAAUGGAGCACAGUGCCGCUGUGUUGGCUGCUGAACGUCUUGGUCAGCCGCCCCCUGAGUUUGUAUCAUCUGAUGACGAGGACGAUGCGGCCGCUCCCUGAUUUGCUUCCUUUCCUGCUUUUUUAAAAUUUUAUUCAAGCGUUCCCGUGCCUAAGGGCAAAAACAAUUAUGUUGUAAAGUUUUGGCGCUGAUGGCGUCUGUAUCAUUGUGCCUGCUGAGCACACAACAAUUUUCUUUCUUUUUUCUGGUCAAGAAUUCUGAGCUACUUUUACACGCCUUUCUACGGGCGUUGUUUUAUAAGUAAAUAGGUUUUCUGAUGCUUCUCUUAUCUCGCAUUUACUUGCUCUUCAUAAUUUGAUUAUUCCUUAAUCAAUAGGCUUAAUCAAUAGGUAUGAUUGCCAAGGUGCAACCGAGUGUACACUAAGCACGUUGAUGCCGCAGGCAACUGAGUAUGCGCUAGGCCCUACUUUGGUCGUCACUUUCUUUGGCGAGCGUGUCUAUAACGAUAUUGAUUGACGCAAGUCAAUCAAUAGGUAUGAUUGCCGCUAGACAUGCUCGUCAAAUGGACUGUACGGCCAAACGUUCGUGCCGCCUAACUUUGAGCAAACAACCUUUGUUUCGAAGUUAAUCGUGCCGCUGAACUUUUGAGCGGACAACCUUUGUUUCCAAGUGGUUGGUGCCGCUGGCAACUGAGCAUGUGCUAGG